UAACAUCAUCUCGCUUUUUUUGCCAGCAUUGUGCUUCGUAUAAAUUACCGUUGCAAUUGUCUUGUAUGCUGUUAGCAUCUUAAGUUAAUUGUAAGCGAGAAUUCUAAAAACGGCUGUGUAUUCAACCGGUUUUAGCAGCUGAGAGCAGUAGUUGUUGCUAAUGUCAUGCACGCUUGCUAACAAUAGCUACAUUCCUAUGCUAGCUAAUAAGCAACGAAUUCUUGUUUUCUUUCACGCGGAGAAUUACGGCGCAGAUUUUAAGUUUAAUUCAUUAACUUAGGUUGAGAAAUGUGUCAUUUAGCAACAUUUUCGUUUUUCGUUCCGUCUUUUACCAGGAAGAACCUGACAUCGUUCAUCUGCCCCCUCAAGCCCCAGAAACCAAUGUCAAGUGGUUGAGAUGAUACUCCUUUAAAUGGACUGACUCCAGUUGGAGAGGAUCUCUGAAUUGUCAGUAGGACAUUACUUUGGAGGAUCUGCAGGCCCACACUGGAGCAUAAAUGAACGAGGAAAGCGUUCAGAACCAGGCACCAGCCAGUGAGCCUGCAGAGAAUGAUGAGGGGGAAAACACAGAUAACAUCAGCCCUGAAGCAGAAAAUACUUCUGCGGAAGUCCCUGCACCCUCCGCUGAAGUCCCUGCACCGUCUGUGGAAGUCCCUGCCCGUAGUGAUGCCACAGAGGAAAACCUCAGCUUAAGCCCCGCUGUCGAAGAACCUGUAGCAAGAGUCAAAGAGGAGAAUAAAACUGUUGAGGCUGAGCCACCAGUGGACUGGUUUGAGCCACUUGAAGAUGAUGAUGCCCACAGCUUUGGUGGAAAUGACCCAGAGGAGGAAAGCUUGGCUGGAGAAAGUGAGAGGAGUGAGAGUAUUGCAGGCAGCGAGAAGACCAGGAAAAAGAUGUUUCAGCUUCAAGUCCCUCGGCGUAAGCGAACACAUCCUGAUGAGGGAUGGGUGGAUUGGCCGUCGCUUGGGGACGGUUGGAAACGCAAAGAGGUUGUCCGACGCUCUGGCUCUAGCAUUGGUCAGAAGGACGUUUACUACAUGAGUCCGCGGGGAGAUCGAGUAAGAAGCAGAGUGGAACUGGCCUCAGUGCUCACAAUCGACUUGACACAUUUUGAGUUCAAGACGGGCAAAUUCUUCGAGGGAGAAGGGCAACCAAUAAGAGCCCGAAAUAGAGCGAAGAAGAAACCGCGGGAGCGCUCCUCUUCAGAGUCAAGCUGGUUAGACCGGGAGGGGGCGGACACCCCCGACUCCUUUCACAGACUCACCCCGAGCACCACGCCCAAACAGCAGAACAGUUUUUUGCUCAACAGCUCCACGGGAAUGUUUAAGCAGAAUUCCCGCACUGACCACAGCAAUACGGAGGAUAAAAUCCGACUCCCUUUCCCCACGUCAUCUCGACCGCUUCCGUCAAUAAAAGGAGAGUUUGGGUCAGAAGACAGCAUUCUGGUUUGUGCCAAGUGUGGUAUCUCCUUCACAGGUACAUGGUAUGACAAACAGAGGAAGAGGCCCUGCUGUCCCACCUGCUGGGCAUCAAAGACAAAAGAACAUCCAAUGAUACGUUUCAGGAAGUGGAUUCCCUGUGGGCAGUGUGUGGGCUGUCACAACACAAUCAACUGUGGGCAGUGUGCUAACUGCAAGCAUGGACUGCAGAGCCCCGAGUCCAGGAGGCGCAUAUGCAGGAAACGCAGAUGCAUUUGUCCUAUUCGCAAGAGCCCUGGAAGGAGGAACAUCCAGCAACCUUACAUCACAAGUCCAGAUAUUUGUGACGACAACUCCAGUUUCCAGAAUGAAGUUGCAGAUUCGCAGCAUCCAAGUUUGAAAAGCAGCGACACAGAGAACGUGUCAGUAAACGUGGACAUUGAUGAUGAUGACAUGUCAACGGAUGACGAUGAAGACUGGCACAGAAAGCGGAAGCGACGUUCCUGUGGCGAAUGCAAGGCGUGCCUUUGCAGGAAAGACUGCGGCACAUGCGAUUUCUGCAUCGACAAACCCAAGUUUGGAGGCAGCAACAAGAAGAGACAGAAGUGUCGUUUACGGCAGUGUCAGCGGCAGGCGAUGAGACAUUUGCUGCCCUAUCAGAUAGGAAUAGGCGAGUACGGGUCAGACGGGCCUUUGCUGGCAGGCCGGUCCAGACCUCACUACACCUACAGUCGGAAGUCGAACUUUAAUACCUACAAGGGAUCACAGAGUGGCUUUGAUUUGAGUGACAAUGAGGAUGAAGACAACAAUUUACAACCUAAGAGCUGGAGCAUCGAGCAAGGCAAAGGGCCCAGACACUCUUUUGAUAUGAAUAUGAGAAACUCCCAGUCUAUGCAGAUAAACUACUCAGAUUUGGGUUUGCAGAACGGUCUUCCAGACAGAGUUCCCCACAUCAGCAACCAUAACUAUGCUCAAACUCUCCCACAAGCCCACUGGGGUUCAGAGAGAUCACGCCCAAGAAAAGAUCAGAUUGACGAUGAUGAUGAUGAAGAUGAGGAGGAAGAAGAUGAUGAUGAGGAGGAGGAAGAAGAUGAUGAUGAUGAGGAGGAAGAGUUACCAAUGAUCACACAGAUUUUCAGUUUGGCUGAAAACUCUUUUGGGGGUAGUGCAGACAUGGACAACCAGCUGAUCAAACUGCUGCACGCCCUGCGAUCGUCUGUGUUGCCAAUACUAUGGUACGCUAUAAUGGCAGAGGGCCCCCAGCUGCAGCUCAUCCAGUGCUCGAAGCAGUCCAGCAUGUCGGACACCAUCGUGGUGAUCGACCCCGGCUUCUGCUACCAGGUCACCGUCCAAAAGCAGCCUCUGCUCGCCACCCACCCGCUGUAUGACAGCUUCCCGGCUCGCCUGACCAGCGUGAGUGAAAUAGUGAGCCUGCUGUUGGGUCUGGAGAAGUACACUGUGUGCCAUGGAAUCCCCUCACGAGAAGCAUUACCUCACAACGGCCCCGUCAUUCUGGAGCGCGCGUCGACCUGCGACUUCCUGGUUAAGAAGAACGAAGAAGUCUGUGAGAACUGCAGAUCUCUUUGUGGAUUCUCAACUCACUGAGACAUCACUACAGAUUUUUCCUCGUGCCAUUUUCUUUUUUUCUAAUAAUGAAAAACACAGUCUUACCUCUGUACUGUUGAUCUGAGGAACCACCAAAGGCAUUCCAGGCGCUGUGUGAGUACACCCUGCCCUGUUUUGUUCCCGCCUCCUCCCUAUGACGUUUUAUCUAGGGAGUUUCUACAGCACUGCUUGAUCUUUUUUCCUACCUGAGGAAUGUCCCUUGUUCUCUGGUAACUCCAAACAGAUUUUAGUGGCUCUCAGUUUUUGUUUUGUAGCACUCAAAUAAAGUUCAAGUCAACCCUCUUGUGUUUUCAGCAGCUGCACCACCACCGGAUGACGUGUUUGUUCAUUAGAGCCAUGGAAUUAUUUCAACGAAAUGACAAUUGUCAAAUUUAGAUUAACUUUUACGUUGUAUAGUAACUUAUUUGCCCAACUUUCUAAAUUAUUUAGCUUUUUUUUAUAUAAUAGUCAAAUUUGUACUUUAAAUUUAGGGAACUUUAUAAUAUUAAAAUCCAUAAAUUAGUAGCUCCCAAAAUUAAAUGUUUCACAAAAAAUUUUUUUUCUAUAUUUUUGUUGAAAUUCCUAGUAAAUUAAUACAUCAGUUCAAAAUGGGGCAGCUCUUAAGGUAAAAAAAGAAACAUAUUUCCUUAAGUGUGUAGUUUCUCUUUUUUUUUUUUUUAAUCCACGCGCUUUUAUUUCCAAGAGAUGAUAAUGUGAGACAUUGAUCAUUUCUCUGGCAGUUUGGCAGCACGUUUGCUGCGACUGUCGACUUCCAUCAGGGUCAGAAUCUUCAAGUGAAGGUGCUGUUUUAGUUCUGUCAUCACAUCAAUGCUACUGUUUGACUUCAACGUGUCAAAAUCACCUCCACCUGCCUCCCUUCUGUUUUGGGAUGUCUGUGGAGAAACGUUUUAUUUUUGGGUUAUGUGACAUUUUACGCAAUACGAGAACAUACAUAUUUUUUAAUUAUAAUUUAAAUGUUUGUGUAAGGUUUAAGGGUUAAGUUUUUAUGUCAUUUUUGGAAUUAAAGCUUAUUUGAUGGUU